AACACUAGAGGAGCCUGGAGAUGAUGACACAUACUGGCAGUCCCUGGCUGGAUUCCCACAUGUCCAUCAUUAUUCCAGAGAUCAUCUGAUGGGAUUUUGUCUCUGAGGUUUAUCAGUCCUCUUCACUGUAAGGUCACCUGCACAGUUACAUUGCAGUUUUGUGCACAAAGGCACCAUGGGAAACAUAGUUCAGUGCUGUGGCACAUUGUCAAACUACUUUAAGUGUAAGGAUGCACCAGCCCAGGGUGAGGCAGAAAGAUCCCCUCUGCUGUCCAGUGAAGAGAGUGAAUGUGAAUCACCAAGUCUGCCAGAUGACUUGGAGGACGAUGUGUUGACCGUCUCUGCCAGUGUGACAAAUCUAGCCCCUGAACCGGAGCACUUCCUGUUUCCUGAUAUCAUUCUAAGCAGCAGCCUGGGAGGAGACAUGACUCUGGUGGAGCCGAUGGUGUGUUUGCUGGUGUCUGAGGAGGAAGAUGGAAGAGGCGAGGGAGUGAGGGUAGAUGAAGGACAAGAGAGGAGCAAUGCAGGGAAAAUCUGGGGGUAUUCUGAGGUUGAGACACAGACAGAAGUGGAGACACAGAUGGGUAUGGGGGUACAGACUCAGACAGAGUCACAGGCAGAAGUUCAGACACAAACAGAAACACUUGUGUACAAUAACAAGACUGUGGUGAGAGAUGUAAACACGCUAACAAACACCGGCACUAGACAAGAGAUGGCUGCAGAUGUUAAGAAAGAACAUGAAAUGCUAAAACGGCUGGAUGUGCUCUCAGAAGUACAAACAGAUACACAAACAUCACAAGAAAGACACUCAAGAAUUGUCACUGAUAUGCUGCUGCAGAAACAAAAGAAAAGGAUAGUGGAUUCUACAGCCUGGUCUGACAUAAACAUUUUUGCAGAGCUAGAGUUACCAGGGAAAAUGGAAACACAGCAAGAGACAAACAAACUGGCCUUUGGAGAUAUAGACAAGGAAGCUGAACAGGAAAGGCUGAAAGAGAAUCACAUCCAUGAGCAUAUUCAAACAGAACACAGUGCUGAGCUAAAAGAAGUGUUAAACUCUGUUGAAAGAAAUGUCUUCAAGUUGCAACAGAAAACUAUUGGUGCUCAGGAAAACAUAGACUGGAUAGAGCAGCACAUACUGCAGAAACAAGAGGCCAUAAAAGACAAAGAACGAAACAAUCAGUCAGAAUGUACUUCAGUGGUGUUGACUGAACAAAAUAUUAACAAGGUAGAUGUUGCAAUGGAGUCACAGAAGCCAACAAAAUACAGCAUCAGAAACACUGAUACUGUGCUGUCAGAUCAGAAGGUAAAUGAAGAAGAACAUCAUAUUAUCCCCACAAAAACUAACAUAAUUUGGUCUGAGGACCAGGCAGAUUAUAUUCACUGCCAGGAAAACCUGCACACACCACAGAGGGAAGAGGACAACAACAAGACUGGUCUGCAGCAUGUUUUGGAGUUAGAGACAGUUUUGCAACCACUGGAAGAGGAUGGAGCUGAGAUGAAGCAAAAAGACUUCGGACCUGCAGGCACCAGACAACAACACUGAACUAUGUACUAAACAGACAUUUACCAUAAAACACCUGUGUAUUCUGUCAGACUUCUGUAAAUGACCUCAAACAAUAAGCAACAAUGGCAAAUGAAAGCCAGGCAUAUUGCCAGUGUUAAAAAGUAGGUUAACCUGGUUUGGACAACUAUGGUACCACAGCCAACAAACGGAUGCAGCUACCUCAUCUUGGAAAAGGUUGUUCUGUACUGAGAAGAGAGCCUUAUCUAAUGAAUGUCUAUGUGCAGCCAGGUAUACACAUGGGUGACAAUUUAAAACCUGAAUGAAUGAGUGGUGUCUUCCAGGACGACAGCGCCCCCAUCCAUAUAGGGCGCAGUGAGUCACUGAAUAGUUUAAUGAGUAUGAAAAUGAUGUAAAUCAUAUACUGUGGCCUUCGCAGUCACCAGAUCUCAACCCAGAUGAAUGCCUCUGGGAGACUUUGGACCGAUGUGCUAGAUAGACAGUGUCUCCACCACCAACAUCAAAAUAUCUUUUAGAAGAAUGGUGUUAUAUCCAAUAGAGUUCAGUCAAUGUCAGGCUGCACUGAAGUUGUUCUGAUGGCAUGUGGUGGCCUAGCACCAUUCUAAGACACUUUAUGUUGGGUUUUCCUUUUAUUUGUCAGCUGUUGUAGUUAUUGUUGGGAUCUAUAAAUAAACUCUGUAGACUGUAACUUUAAUGGCAAAUAUGUACAACUCUCCUCUUUUGUCAGAAAAGUGCAUAAACCUUGCACACUAAAUAAAAUGCUGCUAGAUGA